UACAUCUGCUUUCAUCUUCCCCACAAAAAAAAGAAACAAAGACUUUUCUUUUCUAACGUGGCCUACAGUUUCCUCUGUUGCCCCUAGAGCGUUUAUCUUUGUCAACUGAACUGCAGAAUAGCACACCGCAUGUCAUCAUUCACAAGGUGUUUUUAGAAGAAACGGACAGCUCUGGUCAGCCAGAGAGCAGCUUCAUCAGUGUAUCACUCCACCAAAACCUCAGAGAGAUAUGCAAAAAGACUGCAAGAUGAUGAUGAUCUGUUUGCUUUUAGCAGCUCUCAGCAGCCCUGUGUUCGCUGGAGAAUGGAAGGCGAAUGUUGUAAAAAGUCUCAACACUCUGGUCAGUUCCUGCGUUGUGGUGCCAUGUUCAUUCACCCAUCCUAAAGGAAACCUGCCCACCUCCAGACUCAGAGGGAUCUGGCAUCGUUCAAAUGAUCGAAAUCAACGCAUCUAUUUCGAGGAUCAAACGCAGGUUUUGGAAAACUUCAGGGGCCGCACACGGUUGUUGGGACUUCUGGGUCAGAGCAACUGCACCUUAGAAAUUAUGGACGUUAAAGAUCAUGACAAUGGCCCUUACUGCUUCCGGAUAGAACAGGCACUGACAGAGACAAAAACCGACGACAAGUUCUCCUUUGUGGAGGAUUGUGUCAAGUUCAGAAUGCUCCCUGAUCCUCUAAAGCCUGCCCUGACUCACCCAAAGACAGCCACUCAAGAUCUUCCCUACACUGUCACCUGCUCGGUCACCCAUACCUGCCCCUCCCAUGUGCCUAAACUCACAUGGAGUAAGGCCGCUCCAGAUGCGGUGAAUGAGGUCCACAGAGAAAUUCACCCUGGCAACUGGGAGGCACAGUCCAUCCUGACCUUCAUUCCCGGGGAGAAGGACGACCACACCGAGAUCAAAUGCACAGCACAAUUUAAUGGAGGGAAGACGUCCUUUACAACACUGACACUCUAUGUGAAACGUACAGAAAACUACAACCACAUCAUCAUUCCCACAGUGGCGGCGAUUGGCACAGCUGUGAUCUUUGCAGUCUUCUGCAUUCUCAUGGUGAAGAGAUACAAGAAACGCAUCCAAGAGCUCCAGCAUGGGGAUGGCAGCAUGUGGAACCGGCUGUCCAGGCUGUCUCGCAGGAUGCGCUCCGACAGCCCAGGACCAUCUCGUUCCGAUCAAAGGUCUGUUUGGAGCAGAUUUUCAAGUAUUAUGUACUUUUUUUUCUAUAACAGAAGGCCUAAAGUGGAAGCAGUGGAUUUGGGUCCUAUGCCCAAAAAUGUGAAUUCAAAAUCCUGUGCCGACCAGAAAUUCAACAAGCCUCGUUUCCCGUCCCCCAAAAGUCAGCCGAAAUCCUGCAAUUACCAAGAGGAUCUUGAUGACGGUGACGACUACAUGAACACCGCAGACCUCAAUGUCUACGGAAACAUCUGAAAUAACCCUACAAAAAAACAAAUCUACUCAUGCUGAUAAGGAUCAUAUCUCUAGCACAUCUUAUCACUGCAGUUUUGUUAUAGGCUACGUGGAUACUGUAGUCAUCUCCUAUGUGUUUAAAGGUCCAGUGUGUGAGAUUUCAGAGGAUCUAUUGGCAGAAAUGUUAUCUAAUAUAAAAACUAUGUUUUCUUGAGUGUAAAAUAACUGUUUUCGCUGCCUUAGAAUGACUUGUUUAUAUCUACAUAGGGAGCAGGUCCUUGUCCACAGAGUUUACCAAGUUGCACCGCCAUGUUUUUACAGUAGCCAAAGAGGGACAAACCAAACAUUGGCCCUAGAUGGGGCAAUUCAAGCUAUCGUUUCAGCCACCGUAGUUAGCAGUUCCUCUGUGACAGCCAAAAAAACCAUAUUCUUUUUAUGUGAAACUUGCAGGUAAAAACAAAUCAAUAAAUACUGGAGAACAUCAUGUGAUCUGCAAUCGUCACCACUCUGCCACUAAAUCCCCCUAAAUCUUACACACUGCUGCUUCAAUUCUGUCUUUGAUAAUUUGAUCAUAUUAUUUAGGGAAAGUAGAAUUGAUUUUGUGUGUAUAUAUUGUUCAUGAAAUUUAUUAUUAAAUGUCUGCCAUUGUAAUGACGUCUGCAUAGCAGUAAGUAUGUAACUUUAUCCAGCAAUUGUAUUUGUUUGUUUAGGAAUGAUGUCACUUUUGUUUGACCUUAAACAAAAAUUAAAAUGCCACAGUGAGAUUAAAUUAAAGGAGCUGUAUCCAUCAAUCAAUCAAACUUUAUCUGUAUAGCACUUUUCAUACAUCGCAAUGUAACACAAAGUGCUUCACAUAUUCAGAACAAUCAAAAAAAGCAUCAAGCAUUGGAAGUCAUAUAAAAUAGGAACUCAGGGAACUCCGGAAACGCCAUCAUAACUCUUCAAAAGUCUGUGAUGAGGGAACACCAGAGGUAAAAUUAAGAUUUAAAAAUACAUAAAAGGGUAGAGUAAAAAUAUAAAAAUAUAUAAAAGGAAAGAGUACUAUAGAAUAAAGAGAGUAAAACUGGAGAUAUUAGGAAUAAAAGAGUAAAAGUAGCCUAAUGAAGUAAAACAGACAUAAAAGGUGGGUUACGAAGAAGAAACAAUAAAAUAGAACAAACAGAAGAGUAGUAGGACAGGCUAAGAUAAAUAGGAAGGACUAAGACCAUGUACUCGACAUUCAGAGCAUAUCUAUGAUUCAGAGCCUCAGCCGGGAUUGCCUGCACACAGCUCUCAACAUGGAGGUGGCUGAGCCAACAGCUAGAAGCUAAUGGUCCUGAUAGUGCUACCAAUAGCAACUGUGCUAACAUAGUACAUAACACAGAGCUCACCUUCAUGACAAUGCUGUCACGCCACCGUGGGUCGGGACGUGUUAUCAGCAGUAACUGCCGUAUGGGCACAGUGCAGAGCAGCAAAGAUUAGCUUGCCAGUGGUAUACACACACAAGACUCACAUGCACUAACAUGCACAGAACAGAAAAGCUCAAAUUAAAACACACACAGAGGGAGCAUGACUUCAUUCUCUGUUUAGGACGCCAUUACUCCACUUUAUCUUAACAUAGCAAAUAGGUGUUUGCUGCUAUAACCUAUUAAUGCUCUGAUUGUCAUGUACAGCUGCGGUAAAUAAACAUCAAAAGCAAUAAGUGUAGAGAACAAGAUAGGAUAAGAAUUUAUUGGAAAAGACUGACAUUCUGAGAAAUACACUUAUUCACUAUUCUGCUGAGACAGAAGGCCUUUGCACACUGAGUCUGUUUUUUUCUAUCAUCCGAUAAAAAAAUUUACGCACAGAAACCACGCACACUGAUUCUGAUGCGUUUUAUUGCUCUAUUUGUUACGCAAAUAUGCAACAAGUGACAAAAUGAAAAGACACAUUUGCUCCUUUAUCUUAAGUCACCUAUCUGGCUGUCACCAGUCCCUCCCUGUCUUUCAUUUGGCUCCGCAGCUGAAUGAAGGGCAGGAGCCGUCCUCCCUCCCUGUCCUCCACAUUCUGUUUGCAGUCCACAUCCUCCUCCUCCUCGUCAUCAUCAUCCACCUGAAUAAUACUAUCUGACCUGUUGAAAGUGAGCUAUCUGAGUUAUUGAAAUGAUUCUGUGUGCCCUGUUUCUCUGUCUUGAAACGGCUGUGUCCCACCGCUACAUUUUCUUCACUAAUUCUUGGUCAAACAUCUCUAAACGCUUCUGACGGAUGUGGAAAAGGUAGUUUCGGACUCAAUGUGCAAACAUGAUUGGCAGAACGUGUCACAAUUGUGUGACAAUUCAGACGGAAAAAAAAACGGACUCAGUGUGCAAAGGCCUUCAGGCUACAUUAGAAGAUCAACACCACACUCACAGUUAAAUAUACAGUAAUACUGUAAAGGUAGCCUACAUCCAGCAGCUUAGCUUAGCUUAUCUUAGCCUAUACUGGAAACAGCUAAACUGGCUGUGUCCAAAGGUAACUAAAACCUCCUACCAGCGCCUCAAUAAAUGACAUGUUAGUUUGCAAGCUUUAGGCGUGCAGAGAGGCAGAUUUUGUUACCUGUU